ACAAAAAUAAACAAAACAAUCUUACUCGUUUUUCAGAAAAAAAAUGUACUUAUGUCGUCGAGGAAUACUCCAAUUUGCCCGGAUUGUGAAUCAGGAAGGAUAUGUGGCAAGGAAUUUGGCAUCUCAGCCCCCUGCCAUUGACGGAGACGAGAAAACUGCGAAAAAGAAGAAGAAGCCUGCGAUACCAAAAAUUACCCUGAUUUCAGAUGGCACCAAUAUUGAAAUUACGACUUUGGAAGAAGCUAAAAAACUUAGUAGUCGGAGGAAUUUGAAGCUAGUCAAAGUGGUAGACAUGGAUGUGAAGACCCAACGACCAAUAUAUAAACUUCUCUCUAGCGCAGAUUAUCUCAAAGAAGAAUUAGAGAAUCGCGAAAGUAAAAAAAAGAAGAAAGAUUAUAUAAAGGGAGAAAAAUUGCUGCAAGUCAGUGGUAAAAUUGCUUCGGGAGAUCUCAUGAGCAAAGUCAAAUUGGUGACAAAAUGGUUCGCAAAGAACUACGAAGUUCGUGUCAUCAUUUCAAAAGAUGGCACCGACAACGAAAAGGUGGAACACAUCGCAAAUGAAAUUGAAAAAGUUGUUCCUGCAAAUAGAGUUCUUCAGAAAAGAGUCAGUGGCUCAGAUAUCCGUUUUUCGUUAGUUCCUCCAAAGCCGGCGGCUGCUCCUGUUGACACCCCAAGCAAUACGGAAGCCAAUAGUCAACAAAUUCGGUCUUAUCAUACGGAUCCUUCGCAGUGACUAGAUGGCUCAAAGACAAAUUUAAAGAUAUGCACUGCCUUUGUAGGGCUUCUUGCGUUAAAAUACAUGUUUUGGUCCGUUUGGCUAAAUCAAAAGUCGAAAGAGCCAAAAAAGAAGACGGAUGUCAUUAGAUAGUCGUGAAUAAAACAAAUAUUUUAGUUAAACAAGUGUUAUUAUAACUUCAAGAAUAAUUUAUAAAGUAGGUAAAUAUAAUUUAUUUUCUGCCCAAAAGACACGGCAUUAUAUGCGUGCAUGGUCUCUCCU